AUGGUGGAUUUGAACACAUUUACCCAGGAUGGAGCCUGGAUCGGUCUCUACGAUGACGUGGACAGCUGGAGGUGGUCCUACUCUGAGCCAAACUUCUACCAAGAUGGUGAGGCUGAGUUCAGGAACUGGGUGUCUGGAGAACCAAACAACGGUAAUGGUGAUGAGCCAUGCGGAGGGAUGAGGGUGACUGGAGAGUGGUUCGAUGUUCGCUGUGAAGAAUCCAUGAAACUGGUCUGCUCUGAUGUUCAAGGGCGCAAUGCUUCAUUUAUCUUCAUCGACCAAAACAAGAAGUGGGCUGAUGCUCAGAGCUUCUGCAGAGAGCAUCACACAGACCUGGCCAGCGUCAGAUCCACCUCAGAGCUGGAGCAGAUAAAGGAGCUGCUGCAGUCAGAGGGAGAGAAUCAAGUCUGGAUCGGUCUCUACAGGAACUCCUGGACGUGGGUGGAUGGAAGCAGCUUCUCAUAUGAUCACUGGGCUUCAUCAGAACCUAAUGGACCAGUGGAUAACUGUGUAGCUGCUGCAAUGGAUGAUGGAGGAAAAUGGGAGGACUGGGACUGUAGCUCCGCUAUUCCUUUUUUUUGCUAUGGAGAAAUGAAGCUUGUAACUCAGCCCCACACUGCUCUAACGUCUGUCUCCAUUUCCUUCCCCAAAGAUGGACUUUCUAAGCAGCUGGUGAAGGUGAAGCUGGUGAAGCUGAAGCUGGUGAAGAGCUCCUCCCUGGACCUGAAGGACGCUGCUGUGCUGGAAGACCUGCUGAUGAAGAAGCUGAGGGACUCUGGGGUGGAAGUAGACGUCAAGCUGAGCUGGAGGAAACAAUCUGGCGGAGAGAUCUUCAAAAAGGACGAAUUAUGA